UAGUGCGCAUGCGUGACUCCGGCGCGCGCCUGCUGUUUUGGACGGCUCACUCUUCUUCUCCUGCAGGUCGGUUCAGGACAGACGAGCGCUCCCUUCAAACUACAGCUCCGUGUUUCUCACACACAAUUCAAAGUUUUUAUAGAAGCAGAAAGUAAGAAGAAGCACUUUUCAACAACAGAAGAAGAAGAAGUUUCUCACCCGAAGAAGAAUCGUGUCUUAUCUCAUGGCCAAAGCGACAACCUAACGUGAAGAUGCCUUAUGUGUUCGACUCCCUCCCGUCGCAGACGGACAUGUUUCCCACGACUGAAGUCUCCACGGAGUCUUACGUCUCCAGCAGCUUCGCGCCCUUCGUCACCAACACCAGCAGCUCCAACUGCACCUACAAGGAGAACUUCAAGCGGGUCCUGCUCCCGGCUGUGUACAGCGUCGUCUUCGUGCUCGGCGUCCCCCUGAACGCCGCCGUCAUAGUGAAGAUAUGGAGGUCGAAGCGCAGUCUGUCUGUGAACGUCUACAUGCUCAACUUGGCCAUAGCGGACUUUCUGUACGUGAUGUCACUUCCUUUACCCAUCUACAACUACGCCAGUGCCGACUACUGGCCGUUUGGGGAGUUUGCCUGUAAACUGGUCAAGUUUCAGUUCUACAGUAAUCUACACGGCAGCAUCCUCUUCCUCACCUGCAUCACCAUGCAGCGCUACAUGGGCAUUUGCUAUCCUUUCAGUGCGCGGUCCAACCACGGCGGCUGCAGGAUGGCGUGGCGCAUCUGUGCAGGGGUGUGGCUCGUGGUGGCCAUCCUCUGCGCGCCGACGUUCCACUUUGCCACGACGGGAAUCCAGCGCAACCGCACGGUGUGCUACGAUUUAAGCAUGCCGGGCCGCUCGGCCGAUUACUUCCCCUACGGCAUGGCUCUGACCGUCAUCGGCUUCCUGCUGCCAUUUCUGGGCGUGAUCAUGUGCUACUGCCGGAUGGCCGUGGUCCUCUGUCAGAACACGUCCUCCCAGGGCGCCUCCAAGGUGUUGGCAGAGAAACGCGACAGGGCCGUGAAAAUGAUCAUCAUCGUAGCGGUUGUGUUCUGCAUAAGCUUCCUGCCGUUUCACCUGACUAAAACCAUUUACCUGGUGGUGCGCAGUCUGCCCGGCACACGCUGCGAAACUAGGAACUUGUUCUCCGUCAUCUUUAAAAGCACACGGCCGUUUGCCAGCAUGAACAGCAUUCUGGACCCCAUCCUGUUUUACUUCACUCGACCAAAGUACAGAGAGACCAUCAGGAGGUCCAUGCUCAGCGCCGCCACCUACAAAAUGAAGAGUUCUAGUUGAGCAGAAAGGGUUUGCCGUACCRUUACAGUGUUACUGGAUUGUUACUGAAACUGUCAGAUUGAUGUUCUGGUUUGUGAGUUGCUUUUCUUUGAACUGCUGUCAAAUAAAUAACACUCUCUGAGAUGCAACAUAAAAGCUGUAAUCCUGUAUAAUUAAUGAUGAAUUUAAUAGUCCUCGCUGUAAACAGUUGUAGUUGGUAGUGUUGUGUAAUACAGUGUAAAGUGCUGCCAUUGCAACAUGCUUUAACUUUCCCCUGGGGGGACAGGGUUUGGACUUUGAGCAGUCCCAGUAGCUGCCCUCAAAAAUCUGCAAACUGGUUAAAUAGUUGUUUUGAUGCAGGAAAUGUGGUGCUUUGAGCACUGUAAGACACGUAUUAUUACAUGAGGGAUUUAAUACAUUAAGUGCUAAAAGCACUUUCAACAGUAAAAAAAAAAUCCAGUUUAAAUUAAAAAAACUGUAUUUUGUAUUGUUUCAAAUUGUGAGGCAUGUAAUAGCAUAUUUUUACCACUAGAGAGAGCUUGUGUUCCACUGCACUUUUUAGUUUUUGGUGCUCAUUGUCAGUAGCAUAUAUUUUUCUUUUGUUGCUGUGAAAGCUUAAACAAACACUUGCUCACAGAUUUAAUGUGACUAUUUUUUUUGCUUAGAAACUAUGAUUUCAUGCAUCACAAUGAAAACCUAAAAAACUGGAGCCAAAUAUAUCAWAUAAAGUAUUUUAGUGUAUUAAGUUUGAGACGAGUAUACUACUUAAUCCYGUAGUUUCACUGGAUAUAAAUAAUAAAAUUGCAUAGUUUUUUUUUUUUACAUUUUCCCAUUGAUCUCCUCAUAGUUUUGUAGAUUUAUUUUAAACCAUUGGCUGAAGUUUGCAAGUUCAGUUUUUGCACCAAAUAGUGUGUUUUGUAAAACAGUAUAUGUGAAUGUGUAAUGUUUAAUACUUUUUACCUGCAAGGAACACUUGAAAAACAAAUAUGAAGGUGCCUGUUUGAAAUGAGUGUGUGUGUGAACAAAGUGCACUGUGAGCACUGUGGCCCAUGCGCUGCAGCUACUGACUGUUUCUACACUUAAUGAGAUGUAGGGACGCUGUCUUAGAUAUUUUUGCCAUUUUGUUGUUUUUCUAAAGCACUCUUAUUCUGAAAAACUGCUCUUACAUAUUAGUGUCAAAAAUAGUAUUUUAGUUUUGAUAUGUAAAUGUUAUUAUGUACAUGGAAAAAAAACAUGUUUUUAAAUUUUAUUUUCUAAGUCGACUGUAGAGUGUGCAUGUUUCAGAUUUUGUUGUCUUAAUGUAAAAGUAACUGAAAAAGUCAUUAAAACACAUGAAACUG